GUGAUUCGCAGCCGGGGCCUGACGUCGGGCGGAGCAGGAAGCGGCGCUCGGAGCCCGCCGGGGAUCGCCGGCAGCGUCGCGGGCUCGUUCCCCGGCGGCGGCGGCUGCCGGGCUGGGACGGGCUGUGAGGGCAGCCCCGCGGACAAGAGGGAGCUCUGGGGGAAGAGAGGAGGGGCCGGUGAGCGUGAGUGCCCCUGGCCGCGGUCCCUGCGCUGCCGGUGGCGCUGGGGACAAAGGUCCGUCCGCAGAGGGACCGCGGAGCCAUGGCCCUGCAGCAGCCGCCCCUCGCCCUCAGAGCGGGCUCGGCCCCGGCGCUGUACAUCCACAGCAUGCCCGCCUGGGUGCUGGAGGACUUCUGCCAGAAGAUGGACUGCUUGAGCGACUACGACUGGAUGCGAUUCGCCUCCUAUGUGAUCACUGAUCAAACAGAGCUACGGAAAAUCAAGUGCAUGGAGAAGACCGGGAUCAGCAUCACAAGGGAGCUCAUGUGGUGGUGGGGAGUGAGGCUGGCAACAGUGCAGCAGCUCCUGGACCUGCUGCAAGGGCUGCAGCUUUACCGAGCGGCUCAGGUCAUCCUGGACUGGACAUCGGCCUCUAACCUCACCAGCUCUGAGAAAGAGCCAGAGCCACCCAAACAGAUCAUAUCUGUACCUCCCACAGAAGGCAAAAGGAGAGAGAAAGAAAAUGCCAUGAGUUUGUUGCCAUCCCCAGACUCCUCCCAGCUGGGAGCAGUCCCAGCAGGCAUUUCAGGUGCUGUUUCUGAAGGAAUCCUGUAUUCCCUCCCUGCUCCACCACCUCCCCCAAGAGACCUUUUGAAUUCCCUACAGUCCAAUCCUCCUGUUUUAUCGAGUGUGAAGCCUUGCAGCUCUUGUACUCCUCAGCAGGAGACGAUGGCUGAUCUCCCUAGCGGGAGUCUCCUGUGGACCCAGAGGGAAAUUGCAAAUGCCACAAACAGUUUCAGUGACAAGAACAGAAUCUGUGAAGGUACUUUUGCAGAUGUCUACAAAGGUCAGAGGAACAACGUGGUGUUUGUCAUCAAAAGACUCAAAGAGCUGGAAUGCACAAGCCCAAAUUCCACCCAGAGGUUCUUUCAUACAGAAGUGCAGAUUUGCUUUCGGUGUUGUCACAUAAACAUUCUGCAGCUGCUGGGGUUCUCGGUGGAAACUGGAUUGCACUGUCUGAUAUAUCCGUACUUGCCCAAUGGCUCCCUGCAAAACAAGCUUCAGUUACACGAAGAUUCUUCUCCACUGACCUGGGAGAUGCGAAUUAGCAUUUCUAUAGGAGUUGUCAGAGCAGUGGAGUAUUUGCAUAAUUUUGGAAUUCUUCAUGGGAAUAUCAAGAGCUCAAAUGUCUUGUUGGAUGAAAAUUUUACACCAAAGCUUGGGCAUUCUGGCCUGCGACUGCAUUCUUCUGAUAAAAAAUCAGAAUAUGCCACGAUGAAAACCAAAGUCCUACAAGCUUCUCUUACUUACCUGCCAGAAGAUUUUGUCAGACAUGGGCAGUUAACAGAAAAAGUGGAUAUAUUCAGCUGUGGUGUGGUCUUAGCAGAGAUACUGACCGGGAUUAAGGCACUGGAUGAAGACAGACACCCGAUGUACCUGAAAGAUAUGAUUGCUGACGAAAUUCAAACAGCAAAAGAAAGCUCACACUCCAAAGUAAAAACUUUUGAAAAACUGGCUGCCAAGGAAAUCUGCUGCAAAUACCUAGACAGAAAAGCAGGGUACUUGCUGGAAGAGGUGGCUGUUGAUUUUGCAUCAGCCAUCUGCCUUUGCCUGAGAAAGAAGAAUUCAAACAUAGCAGAGGUACUUGAAAUUAUGGAAAUGGCAGAAAACAAAUUAAAAGAGCAUUACAUCUGUGGAAGCAGCACUUCUGGAUUCUCCAUGAACACUCCAGAAGAAACUGAUGAUGAGACAGCCAGUCUGAGCAUGGAUGUGCCUUCUGCAGCGGGAAAUAAAGAGGAGAGCACCCAGGCAGCAAUUCUGACCAGUGGCAGCCCCUGCACACCAUUCAUGGGAGCUGUGGCACCUGACACAUGUGGCAUCUACGUGUCACGGGUCCCUUGUGAAUCAGAUGAGUCCAGUAGCUUCAUAUGGAAUCCUCCAGAAAAAUCCACAGAGGAGUUACCUAGCCACAGCUGUACCAAUUCAGAAAACAGGGCAGCCUGUGGUGACAGGAUCAUACAGGGAAAGCCUGCCCAUGGACUGCAGGAGAGAAGCGUGGCGUGUGCCAGAGGUGAUGGCAUCCUGGAGACAGCAGCUGCUGCACAGGGCACCUGUCCACAGGGAAACACAGACCUGGAUGUGUCACCUUCGUGUGCUCCACAAGCCUUAGCCAGAGAGACAUCUUGGAAAAUACAGAUAAAUGAUCAAAAAAAGAAGCUCAUGGAAAAUAUUUUGCUGUAUGAAGAAGACAAGUUAAACAGUUCCGAACUUUUUGAAUCAUAAAUUGGAUGGAUUUUUAGCAGUGGCCAGCUCAGAAGAAGAAGUAAGGACUGUCUCCUUGUUAGAAAGAUAGUAAAAGUGUACCUUUCACAUAAGAUUAGGUAGCAGAUUUGGAUGAGGAACAUUAGCCCUGACUGAAGGAAACAAGAAGUACCACAUGGAGAAGCACCAGGAAAUACCUGUUCUAUAGCAGAUUAAAACACAGUCUCACUCUGUCCACAGAAAUGCCUUCUGCCUUUUCAUCUGCAAUGGAAAAAGGAAUGGCAAACACAAGUGCCAAAAUAAUUUGUGAUUAAUUUUUAGUGUGUUUCAGGAAGCAUCUGUUGGUCUCACUAAACCACAGUCCCAGGAGUUACAGACCAAAGACUGCCCAGUGGCCAGGCAGCAAUACCCUGUGUUGUUUUCCCACUGCAUACAGCACUCAGGAGAGCCCAGAGUCACUGGGGCCGUCUUCCAGUGACUCUCUCCUGUUCCAUAUAAUCCUAGUGCACAUACUCAAAACCACUGCAUUACCAGAGAGGGAGAUUUUUAUGCAGUGUUUAAUUUCUCAGAAUGCUGUACAUGGCUUCAUCUCGGUUUGAACUGGACUGGCCACAGGUGUAAGAAAAUAACUUCAGCCACUUUCCUCUACUCUCUGAGCUUCUCUCCCACAUACACAUGUGACACCACUCAAGUCCAUCCUUUCAGUUCACUCUUGGGAGCUCUAACACCACGUUUAAUACUUCAUCAGAGUAUUUCUGGGAAUUAUUUUUUUCUAAGUGUCCUUUACAUGGUAAUGUUUCUCAUUGUGUUUCACGUGGUAACUGUUGUAUAUUUUGGAUUAAUGAAAAGAUUUUAAUUUAAAAGAGCUUUUUUUUUUUUUUUUAAUAGGACAUUUGAAACAUAAAUUGUUGUAUUUAUUUUGGCAAUGGGUCAAAUAUAAGCUAAUAAGGGCACUUGUUGGUGGUUCCACACUCACCUGGCAUUCUCAAAGGAAUCCUUGUGGGUGUCCCUUGGUUCACCCAGCAGGAGGAGCCUUGGUCUCAGGCCCAGGGAUCAUAUACAAAAUAAAAAUAGAAACUUGUACACUGGUGUAUUUAUGAUUAAGUGAAAGCCCCCUUAAGAAAGUAUCACAUUUGUUUUUAUGAUAUUUUUUAUUUGUACUAUUGCUAGCAUAUUCCACUUGUGUGCAGUCUAGAAAUAAACAGGAUUAUUAUGAACCAAAAGAAUUAUCAGAGUAUGUAGCUCAGCUUACAGACAGGUGAUCUGCCUUCUGAGCACAGGGAACAGGGCCUGAUGUGCAAAAAUAGCUGCAAUUCACAGUGCAGUUCAGGAAACAAAAAUAAAUUAAUUAUAAGUAAUUAUUUUCAGUGGAAUUGUGUACUAGUAUAUAUUCCUAGCUUUACACAAAGGCCUCAUAACUUCUAUUUUUGUACAGUACCUAGUUCAUUGUAUGUAUUAUUACGAGCAAGUAAAAAUAUUUUAACUAAAGACCUGAGUACUGGAAUUACCUACACAUUUCUCAAGUUAUUUUCUACACUAAAAACUGGUAACAUUCCUUAAUUAUAAGUGCCUUGGAUACUGUCUUUGUAUUUACCAGUGUUUGGUUUUUUUUUAUUUUACCAGAAUCAAAGCAAGAUUAGUACUGACAUAUGAAACAUUGUAUACUCAGAUUUGCCAAUAACUGCUUAAUUCUACAGGAGAUUUAAUUGAGAUACUUUAUGGCGCUGAAAAUGUAAUAUUGUUUUUCACGGGUAUAUUCUGGGAGACCCAUGGUAAAAUCCUCAUGUCUUCUCCAGAAAGGAAUGCACAUGGAUAGACUGCAGAGCUGAGUGGGGAAAUCCAAGAGUUUUAAAUUGAGAAAUGUAGUUUGUGCACAGUUCUUUUUCACUAAAGUGCUUUAGAGGUUUUGUUCUCCUGUAGUCACCAAAUGGAAUUGUUAUUCUUUGUCUUGUACCCUGAUAGUUUUAAAAUAUUCUGAGGUGAUUUAGGUAGUCUUACAGAGUUACCUAAAUAUUUACCAUAACAUACAUAAGACACUGUGUGGUCUUACAUUAGCACUGUUAUGUAACUUUUCAGAAAACUUUUUUAAAAAAUGCCAGUUUAUGCAUUACCAUUUACUAAUAGCUUUGUGAAUAAAAAAACCUGGAA